CACCCUCUCGUCCGUCCGUCCAUAUAAUGGGGUCGCCCGGUGCUCCGCCCGUAUCCUCCUUUGAGUAGUCCUUCUUCCUUGAGCUGAGCAUACCUAUUUCCUGUCCCUCUUCCUCCCAUGAACACCACCACAGCCUUGUUCAUCAUCUUCCUCCUCAUCUCAAACCAGCCCUUCUUCCUUGAGCUUACCACGAAGCCUGCUCAAGUUCCUGCCAGGCACGGUCUCCUUGUGCACAAACACAGACACGAGACUUCUCGCCCUCACCCCCAUGACCCACACCCUGAGCACCCAAGAUCGACUUCCGUCCCCUCUGCAUCCAUCUGAAACUGUUGCCAACCUACCCUCUCUAGCACAGAAACCACCAGCCAGAAAUCAAAGCAAUCAUAUAGGUUGAGCCUCUUCCAAAGGGUGGAAGCCAGCCGCCGGCGACGGCGACCGGCUCCUAGUCUUUGGUAGAAGCUCUCUGAACCUGCCUGCGGAGGAUGCGCCGGGAAGAAGAAGAAGAAGAAGGGUAAGGUUCCCUCCCUGGGUUGAGAUUUGGAGCUGGGCUCCGGGUUUCAGAUCGGGAGCAAGGGCGUGCGGUGGAAAGUCGCCGGUUAUUUUGCAAUAUGGUCCUCGUGCUUUCGCUUUGGUUUGGUUUGGUUUGAUUUUGUGGUCUAAUCUUGUUUUUCCCCUUCCGGCGAGCUGAGCUGCCUGUGCCCCAAAUUCUCGAUCCAGACUUGGUCCCCGUGAUCCAGCCCGAUCCAGCAGGCCGGAAGAGAAGCGGAUCCAAAGUCCUCCGAGCGAGCGAGCACCCACGGCCUGUGAAGCCCAGCUGCCCACGGCCCAGCGCUUGCCCGACGGGUCGAACCGCCCACCGGAGGCCCAUCCCUCGCGGCAACCGAACCCGCAGCGGAGUCCCACUCGCCCCUCCAUAAAGGCGAACCCUAGAUCGCGAUCCCACCAUUUCCCCCCGAUCCAGCCGCCGCCACCGCCGACCCAGCAACCCCAUCGCGAGCGAUGAUGGACGCCGCCAACCGCUACUUCAUCCUGGCGGCGCUCGCCGACGACUUCGACCUCGCCGUCGGGGCCCUCCCGGCGGCGCUCCUCGCCGCGCUCGCGCUCCCCCGCCCGCCGGCCCCCGCGCCCCAGAUCCCGCCGGCCUUCCACGGCGCCGCCUCCUCCUCCCGCGCCAAGUACCGCAUGGCCAUGGGCGCCGACCGCAAGUUCGCCGAGAAGCCAGCACCAGAGGACGAGGAGGAGGAUGAGCAAGAGUGGACCGAGGUGGCCUCGCGGAAGUACAAGAUGGCUCGCGGCGUGUCCCCGGACCCCGACCCCGUGGUGCCGACUGAGAAUGAGUACGAGCAAGAUGACCAUGGUGUGGGAAGCUGGAGGAGGUUGGGUGUCCGUAUGAGGGACUUGAAAAAGUGGAUCCGCAUCAGUGAGUCAGUUAUGGCUGGGCUCUCAGACAGGAUCUAUGGUCAUGUUUUCUAGGCACCUGCAGUCCGUGAAGCAUGAGCCACCUUUACAAUGAGUCUAUGGUUUUGUCCCCAACUAAAAACUAUAUGCCUUGUAAUGCUUCAGUUUUAUUUCUGCUCUCUGUGAUGUGGAUGAUCUCAUGGAUGUUUGAGUGUUUGAACUGAAAUGAAAUGUGGUGGAUACAUAUGUCA